UUACAACCCGGCCAACAGUCACGGCUACAACCGUCCCAAUUACAGUGACAGGGCUUUACAAUGACACUACUACCACACCGACCACUGUUACCAUGACUACACGAUACACUACCAUCGCGACCACUGUUACCACGACUACAGCCACAUCAAUUCCUUGUUGUUCCCCUCCUUCUCAAACGACGGAAACAACAACACAAACAACAACACCAACAACAACACCAACACCAACAACACCACAACCAUUCCCUGCUACACAGGCUUCUCUGUCAUCGCCUUCUCAAUUGACGGAAACAACACCACCACCAAUAAUAACACCAACAACACAACCAUUCCCUACUACACAGGCUCCUCUGUCAUCGCCUUCUCAAUUGACGGAAACAACAACACCACCAAUAAUAACACCAACAACACAACCAUUCCCUACUACACAGGCUCCUCUGUCAUCGCCUUCUCAAUUGACGGAAACAACACCACCAAUCUCGAUUACACAGGCUCCUCUGUCACCGAGCCAGAUGGCGUGUCCUGAAGGAUGGGAGGUGUUCCAGGGUCGUUGCUACUACUUUGUGAAUGACGGCAUGACCUGGCCUCAGGCUCAGUCGAACUGUGCCAUGCUGGAGUCCAUGUUGGUCUCCGUCCACAGCGCUCAGGAGUACGGUUUCCUCCAACAACUCACUAAAAAUAAUGGAAAUCAAGAGGCUUGGCUGGGCGGUUUCUACCUCCAGGACCAGUGGUUAUGGAUGGAUGGUUCCUGGUUCUACAACAACAGCUUGAGCGGGGAAUCCCAGGACAGCAGCAACCCAUGCCUAAUGCUCAAUUCUUAUGAAGCAUGGAGCAAUUCCCAGUGCAACGCUGGCGACUAUUCCUCCAUCUGUGUGAAGAACUCCAAUGUCCCGCCGUCCAUGUUGUGUCCUCAAGGCUGGACGGGGUUCCAGGGACGCUGUUACUACCACAACUACGAGUCUCUGAGCUGGCCUGAGGCUGAUGUUAACUGUGCUGGUCUCGGGGCCAGCCUGGUUUCAGUCCACAGCCCUGACGAGUAUUUCUUCCUCUAUAAGCAGACUGCUGCUAAUGGAUACACUGCAAGCUGGCUGGGUGGAUUCUACCUGGAGGACCAGUGGAUGUGGCUCGAUGGUUCCUGGUUUUAUCAGGGAUUUUUUACUCAGAUGUCUCCAGACGUUACCUACCCAUGCCUUUCAACAUACAACACUGAUGGUUGGAGUAAUUACGAAUGUAAUCAGAACUUCCCUUCGUUUUGUGUGAAGGAUGCGGUCGUGUGAAGGAUGCUCUAUAAAUCUGCAAAUCACACAGGACAGACGUGCAUAUUUUACCCAAAUGUAUUCUUGAAUUCUUUCAAAAUGGAAAAGUAUCUGUGUUACGCAAAUUUUACCAAACAAAUUAAAGAUUAAUUUAUCAUC